AUGUCCUCUCCAACAGCAGUCGUAUCAUCAUCUCCAAAAACAACAACAAAAAGUACAUCUAAUAUUUACAAUAAUAUUAAUAAUUCUAAUAACACAACAAAUACCUGUUUUGGUACUUCAUCAACAAGUUUUAUUAUUUCUCCUCGUGGUGGCGGUGGAAUUGGUCCAAAACUUGCUGCUCGUUUAACUCUUUAUCAAUCUUCAAUUUCUUCUUCUUCGAGUUCUUCAUCCUCUCCUGUUGCUUCAUUAUCACCUUUAGGUGUUGCUUCAUCAUCAUCAUCACUCUCUUCAACACAACCAUCACCAAGAACACUCGAAUUAAUUAGUGUCUUUGAGAGUCAAAACAAGAAUAACGAUACAAGUAAGAACAGCAGCAUAUCCAAAACAACAACACUACCGGUAGUAACUCCAAUUAGUGUGAAAAAAGUUAAUUCCACAUUAUCACCAGGAAGAAAGGAAGAUUUCAAUAGUGACAAGUCGACAAGCACGAGAAAUCUCUCAAAAAGUACACCAACUGUUAGCAGUACCAAUCAUUCACCAUUAUUCUCAUCAUCAUUGAGUCAUAAUCAUUCGAAUCGCAAGUCACCAAAUAUUUCUCAAAAAACAACAAAUUUGGAAACAAACAAAAAACAAAUCAAUCCACAAGGAAUGAGUGCAACAUCGGAUUCUGCCACUGCCACCACCACCAGUACUACUGGUCAGCAAUCACAACAACAACAAAAUGGAGAAAAGAAAUUGACUUCUGGAAUUGCUUCCAGAAUGGCAUUGUUCAAUCAAGCACCACCUUCUUCAACCAAUGCCACUUCUCCAAGAGGAGUUUCACCAAGUAGUGAAUCAUCCAAUGUGUUGAAGGAAAAAAAGAACGUUUUUGAGACUUCUCAACAACAAUCACAAACCACAAGUAAUACCACCAGCAAUGUUGUUCCUACUGCUACUACUGGUAGUGUUGGUUCAAUUAAGGAUCGAUUUUCACAAUUCGAAAAGAAGAAUACGGAGGAAAAGACAUCUCCAAACACAUCAAGUGGACCAAAGUGGAAACCAAAGACUGAAAAUGCAAAAUCUGCAUCUUCGACUCCUCCUCUUUCAGCAAGCACACCCACUGUUGUGACAAACUCUCCAAAUGUGACUGUCACUGUUGCAACUCCGACUGAAAAAACACAAAGUAAUGACGACAAAUCAUCAUCCACUCCACCAGUCACUACAAGCAUAGAGUCAAAACCUUCUCCUUCUUUCGGCAGCAGCAAAAAUAACUCCUCACCACCAAAGGACAAACAACAAUCUGAAAAGACAGACACUAAGGAAACAUCAAAGAGUGUCAACACUCCACCAAGUGCCAACAUUGGCUCCACAAGUUCGCCAACCCCAACACCCGGCACUACUUCUCUUUCAACAAACACCGUUUCAACUUCUUCCACCACGAGCUCAACAAUUACGACUUCUGGUGGUGUGAAAUCGAAAUUUUCCAUGUUUGAGAAAAAGGAACCAUCGAAUGAACCUCCACCAAAACCAUCCACUGAAAACUUGAGACGUGGAAGCGUUUUAUCAAGAUAUUCUGAAGUAAUUAAUAAGAGUGAGAACAAAGCUGAAAAUACUGCCACAACAACCACAACCACCACCAGUACUACUACGACUCCAAACAAACAAGCUGCUGAAAGUGCUACCAAUGCCUCAACGGAAACCAAAGUUGCAAAUCCCACAAGUACAACUUCAAGCAACUCAGAUCCCAACAAAUCGGUGGCAAGUGAAAUUGGUGGUGUGAAAUCAAAGUUCGCCAUGUUUGAGAAAAAGGAACCAUCGAAUGACCCUCCAAAGCCAUCCUCCUCAACAGUCACCUCAACAUCCGAAAAGGCGACUACUACUGGCGAAUUAACAAACAAGGUCAUUACUGAAAAUACAACACCAAGUAAGGCAUCAAGUGUAGGAACCAAGACAACAAAUGCUUCACCAUCAACCACAGAACCUUCUUCAAAGGUGUCACCAAUCACACCAAGUACCAACACUUCCUCUUAUUCGAAAGGCACUGACAAUGGAAGUACAAAGCCAGUUUCACCAUCAGAGAAGAUCAAUAGCAGCCUGAAGACUGAAACAUCUCCAGCAGCAGAAACGAGCACUUCUUCAACAAACACUUCCACAAGCUCAACAACAACUGCUGCUACUGGUAGUGUGAAAUCCAAAUUUGCCAUGUUUGAAAAGAAGGAACCAAGUAGUACGACUGAAACUUCCAAAUCUGCCACCACUCCUUCUGCCACCACAACAGCAAAUUCUUCCAACACAAUAAGCUCAACAACAACUGGUUGUGUGAAAUCUAAAUUUGCCAUGUUUGAGAAAAAGACAGCAGAGGAGACCUCAACCGCAAAAAGCACCUCGUCUGUGGAAAAGAAGAAUGUUGAUUCCAACACAACAGUUGAAAAAGUAUUCAAUGAAACCAACAAGCCAUCAUCAGGAAUUGAACCAAAGUUCGAGAAUAAGGAAGUUAAAACCGAAACCACUACUCGGGUGGAUUCUAAACCAACCACCACUUCUACUCCUACUGCAAGUAGCACGGAGGUCAACAAUAAGGCCUCUCCAUCCACACCAUCUACCAAUAAUUCCACUUCCACCGUUUCCACUACAACAGGAAGUGGUGUGAAAUCGAAAUUUGCCAUGUUUGAAAAGAAGGACACAGACAAGACUCCAGAAACCAAUAAGCCAUUGACUUUUGAAGCCUCCACAAGUAGUAACAUUAGUGGUAGUAGUGGCAAUACUACUCACACGCCAGGUGGAAGUGGUGUGAAAUCCAAAUUUGCCAUGUUCGAAAAGAAGACAGACGAUUCCACCACCACCACAACAACAUCCACACCUCAAAAACAACCCAGUGUUCAAGAAAAGCUUUCCAAAUUCUCGUCCAGUGCUGCUACUACUAAUAACAGCAGCAACAACAGCACUUCAUCCACAAACUCUACUCCUUCCACACCCUCUUCAGAAAGUGGAGGUGUCCCCAAGGGACUUUCCGUCUCUGAAAAGUUAGCCAAGUUGAAGCAAAACUCGGUGGGAUCUCCUCCUUUCGGAAUGAUGGGAAUGCCCAAGAAGGAUUAUUCUUCUUCUUCUUCGUUGAGUUCAGGGCAAACAACUGAACCAACAACAUCUCCUCCCAUGUUUGGUGGAGCUUUCAUGAUGGGAGGAGGAACACCUCCAACACCCAAGAGAGAACACGUUCCCGAUGCAACUGGACAUGAAAGAAAACACCACGGUACGCUCUCUUGUGAUGCAGUCAUGACAAGAGCAAAGGCUCCAGCUUCCAAUCGAAGAAAAACUGUUUUAAAGAAGAGUAUUGAUAGUGCUGAGAAUACACGAAGGACCAUUGCUGCUAUAUAUUUGGAUGGAGAUGAGCAAAAUCAAGACACAGAUCGUGUGGCUGCCUAUGCUGAAUAUUAG